UCCGCUGUGAAGACUAAGCUUAGGGCGGGGGAGGUGCAGGGAGGAGCAGCGCAGACACUUCCUAAAACAGGUUCCCGUCCUCUGUUCGGCAAACUUGUGCUUCCUCAAGCUGUUUUGACACUCGAGCGAGAUCCGAACUCGUACCUAGAUCAGCCAGCUUUAUUCUGGCUUCUGAUAAGCGGCUGCCUCACAAGUUCCAGACCUGCUGGAUGGAAACGGACCGUCUGCUCGCCGGGGCUGAGGACGGGCACGCCGGGGAUCAUGGCUCCGGCUCGGCCACAAGUCGCAGAGAUUCGCGCGUCAGCCGGCGAAUGUCGUACUCUGCGGCUGGGAACUGGUGCCAUUUGAACGGAGACAAUGAAGACCUUAACAUCCAGCAGGCAGUUGUUUUCAUUGAAGACGCCAUUCAUUACCGCUCUAUCAACCACCGGGUGGAUGCUAGCUCUCUCCAACUAUAUCGAUGGUAUUACUCAAGAAUAUGCCAGUGGAGUUUGGGCACUGUCAUUGCAGUUGUAUUGUUAUUGGCAUUCGUGGAACGUCCUUCCUCCCUCUCCAUUUCUUCGGAUCCGCACCACCGAACUAUUCCAUGGGAGCCUCCUUGUGGCGCCACAGAGAGUGUCGAGAUGCUCUGUCUCAUCGUCUUCUGCUUGGAUCUUGCUGUAAAAAGUUACUUGAUUGGCUGGGAGGAAUUUAGGAAGAGCAAAUGGCUGAUCAGCUACACUGUAGUUGUUUUUGUUUCUGUCAUUGACUGGGUGCUGUCCGUCAGCAUGGUGUGUGAUGAGAAACUGAGAGUUAGACGCCUUGUCCGGCCAUUCUUCCUAUUGCAGAACUCCUCUCUGAUGAAAAAGACACUGAAGUGCAUCAGGAGAACUCUUCCUGAGAUUGCCAGUGUGAUCCUGCUGUUGGCUCUGCACCUCUGCCUCUUCACCAUGAUCGGUAUGCUGCUGUUUGCUAAAAAUGAAGAUCCAAAGAAAAAUGGUGAAUGGGAGUUACAUUUCAGAGACAUGACUACGUCCCUGACCUCUUUGCUGGUGCUGCUCACCACAGCUAACAACCCUGAUGUCAUGAUCCCUGCCUAUUCCAUCAACAGAGGCUACUCCAUUUUCUUUAUCACCUUCAGCGUCAUUGGAACAUACUGUCUGAUGAACUUACUGACAGCCAUCAUCUAUAACCAGUUCAGGGGAUAUUUACUGAUGUCAGUUCAGACAUCCAUAAUUAGGAGACGGCUGGGGAUCCGAGCUGCUUUCCAUGUCCUCAGCUCUCACGGGGUCCAAGCAGAAUCACAGGAACAUGUGAGCAUGAACACUGUGCUUCAAGUGAUGUCCAGGAUCCACAUGAAGAGCUACUAUAAAUCAGCCAUCACUGCGUCAGCACAGCAGUUUGCAGAACAGGGCUACAUGAAUCGCAUGCAGUUCAGAAGGAUCUUUGAUGAACUGGAUAAAGAUUGUGUUAAAGAGCACCCUCCCUUACCUCAGUACACAUCUGCAACCCUACAAAAACUUCAGGUGAUCUUCAGUCACUACUACAUCUGUGUUCUAGGAAACCUAGUAGCACUGGCCAAUGUCAUAUGCAUAUGUACUGUCUUGGUGCUGAACUCUGAAAAGUCGACUGCAGAAAGGGACAACUACCUCUUAGAGGUUAUCAACCUCUGCUUCAUCCUCUUCUACCUUUUUGAAAUGAGUGUCAAGAUAUUUGCCUUCGGAUGGAGGGGAUACCUGUCCUACAGGAGCAACAUCUUUGAUGGCUUCCUCACCAUUCUGUUACUGGUCCUGCAGAUCGCUAUAUUCAUCACCUACUGGCUUCCCCAUUCCCAGUGGUACCCUUCAUCUCAUGAUGUGAUAUCUUUGUGGGAGAUGGUUCGUUUGGUCAACAUGCUGAUUGUAUUCCGCUUCCUACGCAUCAUCCCAGAUAUCAAGCUCAUGGCUUUGGUUGCUAGUACUCUGUUAGAUCUAGUGAAAAACCUUCGAGCAUUUGCUGGAGUCCUAGUGGUGGUCUACUAUGUGUUUGCUGUGUUUGGGAUCUGGCUGUUUGAGGGUGCCAUUAAACCUCCUCCAGAGAUGAGUGUGCUCUCCCUGGAGAACAUCACAUCUAACUUCAGCACAGUGUGUGGCACAUAUGAACAACUUGGCUACUGGCCGAACAACUUUGAUGACUUUGCAGCAGCAAUCAUUUUGCUCUAUGAUGUUAUGAUAGUCAACAACUGGCAAGCUUUCAUGGAAGCAUACAGCAGAUACACAUCAGAGUGGUCCAAGAUUUACUUUGUGUGUUGGUGGCUCACCUCCUCUGUGAUGUGGGUGAACUUGUUUGUGGCACUCAUCUUGGAGAACUUCAUCUACAAGUGGGACCGUAGUCACAGCUGUUCUGUUACAGAUGUGGAGAAAAUUCAAUAUGAAACUUCUGUCCAGUUCAUGUUCAAAGAACAAAUUCAAGAACCAACUGAAGAAGAACUUGUUUGUCAGCUACACCAGCACCCUCACCUACGGUUACACUGGUGACACAAGCACCAAUAGGAAUGCGUGCACACACACACACACAAAGACUCUCUCUCUCUCUCUUUCUCAUACUUGCUACAUACUGAGGACUGAGUAAAAGGACUCACAAACUGACGAAAAUGUCCUCACUUCCCAAAAAAAGACCUUACUUUGUUGGUCAAAAACUAGUUAUGGUCCUCGCUAUGAUGUAGAAACAAGUACACACACACACACACACACACAAGAUCCAUGUAUUGAGCGCAGGAAGCUGCAGGAAGCUGCAGGAAGCCCACUUGUCCUCAUGUUGUUAAGUUAAUAUAGCAGGCUAUCUCCUCAGCAGAAAAUAAGCAUGAAGGACAGCAGCGUUUAGAGAGAAACUGUUUUUUGGCCAGGUUAGAGUACAGAAAGGCCCUGUUUAUUUCUGACAAAAUGUGUCCUGAGGGAUCUGAUCAUGUCCAAACAGCAUUAAAUACAGGUGCAAAUAAUCUCAAAUUUCAGAUAUAUAGGAUAGUUUUGUUCCGAUCAACGUCAGAUGUGGCCUUGGACAAUUGUGUCUACAUUAGUCUGGCAGUCUGAAGAAAAUCCUUCCUGGGAGACAUUUUAGAACAACCCCCUGCCUCAGCCUGCAAGAUACAUAGACAGCUCUUGGUGAGGUCAUCUACAACAGCUAUAAGAGCAGGAUUUUUGUUCAGAUUCAAGUUUAAGAAAAGAAGAAAACUUUUCCCACCAGUUUGGAUUUUAUUGAUCCGCUGAAAUUAGGGGGAUCUCCCUGAUAUGUACUUAAUUGUUUAGUGUUUUUGGAUCUUCAUAGUCCAAAUACUUUGUUAAUCCCAAAAGGAAAUUCAAUAUGCUGUUCUUAUUGAAACCACUCUGACUCCAAAAACAUGUGGGUCAGUGUAGCUGAACAGACUCCUACUUCUGAUGUGUUCCAAACACAAACUGCAUGCUACAAUUGAUCCAACAUUUAGAGAUAUAUAUCCAAAUUAUAUUGUAUGUGCAUAACAGCCACUGUAGAUUUGACACACAGCCUUUUGUAUAAAUCUGAUCAGAGAUUCUUUUUACAACUUGUAGGAGCCAUAAAUGUAUCAUGUUUAUUUGUCACAUGGUGAAUGGUUGCUAUGGUGAUGUGUAGCGUGCAUGUCAUGUGACACAUUUGUUGAAGGGUGCUGGUUGCUACGAAAGAGGCGUGCUUACCUAUACCAGGGUUUGACAGGAGAGAGGGGAGCGUGGUAGCCAUAUUUUUUUGUUGACCGUUUUGCCUGGCUAAGAUGAACUACAGAUCAUGUAACACCAUAUUGACCUGUUUCCAACUGAGUGUAAACAGCGUUGAAAGCCGCUGAAUAAUAAAUCAUUCACGAUAUAA